AUGUUCAAAAGUAUAAUCAACGACCAAAGAAAAUUAAACAUUAUUUUAAUCAGUGGCGUGCGUAUCCACCGUGCUCCGCCUGACUCCAGUGGGUACUAAAACACUGAGAAAAAAUUUGCGAAAUAUAUAAAUAAAAUAUUUAAAUCACCGACAAAUCUGAGAUCUCUAAUUAUAAGAUAUUUGCAUCUGAUCUGGUGUCCAUAGAUUCGAAGCUGAAGCAAUGGGGCUACCUGCUUCGAAGCGUAACAACCAGCGUCAAUGGAGCCUCCUCGACAUCGUAACCGCCGCCUUCUUCGGCAUCGUCCUCCUCUUCUUCAUCCUUCUCUUCACUCCUCUCGGCGAUUCCAUGGCCGCCUCCGGUCGCCAGACGCUGCUCCUCUCCACCGCUUCAGAUCCGAGGCAACGCCAGCGGCUGGUGACUCUGGUUGAGUCAGGCCACCAUCUGCAGCCGAUCGAGUACUGUCCCGCGGAAGCUGUGGCUCACAUGCCUUGCGAGGAUCCGAGGAGGAACAGCCAGCUUAGUCGAGAGAUGAAUUUCUAUAGGGAGAGACAUUGUCCCUUGCCUGAGGAGACUCCUCUCUGUUUGAUUCCUCCGCCUAACGGAUACAGAAUCUCAGUUCCCUGGCCCGAGAGCCUACACAAGAUCUGGCAUGCAAACAUGCCUUACAACAAGAUUGCUGACAGGAAGGGUCACCAAGGAUGGAUGAAAAGGGAAGGUGAAUACUUCACUUUCCCUGGUGGUGGCACCAUGUUUCCUGGUGGAGCUGGUCAGUACAUUGAAAAGCUUUCUCAGUAUAUUCCUCUUAGCGGGGGAACUCUAAGAACUGCCCUUGACAUGGGAUGCGGGGUCGCAAGUUUUGGAGGUACUCUACUAUCUCAAGGCAUUCUAGCUCUCUCGUUUGCUCCAAGAGAUUCACAUAAAUCACAGAUUCAAUUCGCCUUGGAAAGAGGAGUCCCAGCGUUUGUUGCCAUGCUUGGCACUCGAAGACUCCCCUUUCCUGCAUUUUCCUUUGACUUGAUGCAUUGUUCCCGAUGCCUGAUUCCUUUUACGGCUUACAAUGCAACUUACUUCAUCGAAGUAGAUAGGUUACUACGCCCUGGAGGAUAUCUUGUGAUCUCUGGCCCACCUGUUCAAUGGCCUAAACAAGACAAAGAAUGGGCUGAUCUUCAGGCGGUGGCUCGAGCUUUGUGCUAUGAGCUAAUUGCUGUCGAUGGAAACACUGUCAUCUGGAAGAAGCCUGUUGGAGAUUCAUGUCUUCCCAGCCAGAACGAAUUUGGGCUGGAGUUGUGCGAUGAGUCUGAGCCUCCCAGUGAUGCAUGGUAUUAUAAAUUAAAGAAGUGUGUUACUAGACCAUCAUCCGUCAAAGGAGAUAAUGCUUUGGGAACUAUUUCCAAGUGGCCGGAAAAGCUUACUAAAGUUCCUGCUAGGGCCAUUGCCAUGAAAAACGGGUUGGAUGUGUUUGAAGCAGAUGCAAGGAGGUGGGCAAGACGAGUCGCUUAUUACAGGGAUUCCCUGAACUUGGAGCUGAAAUCUCCAGCUGUCCGCAAUAUCAUGGACAUGAACGCAUUCUUUGGAGGAUUUGCUGCAGCCCUUGCAUCUGAUCCUGUGUGGGUUAUGAAUGUCAUCCCAGCUCGGAAACCAUUAACUCUCGACGUGAUCUAUGACAGAGGUCUCAUCGGUGUUUACCAUGAUUGGUUAGUCAGUUUUUUUGUCUAUAUUAUGUUAUCAAAGCAAAGACUUGAGAUACAUGCUAUUUCUCUUGUUUCAUAUACUAGCCGUUGCCAGCAUCAAAGAUCAAACUUUUAUAUUGGUUCUUGCAGGUGUGAACCCUUUUCAACAUAUCCACGUACGUAUGAUUUCAUCCAUGUAUCAGGAAUUGAAUCACUGAUAAAACGACCAGAGUCAAGCAAAUCGAGGUGUAGCCUAGUAGAUCUGAUGGUAGAGAUGGACAGAAUAUUGCGCCCAGAAGGAAAGGUUUUGAUCAGAGACUCUCCAGAGGUGCUAGACAAAGUAGCAAGAAUGGCUCAUGCUGUAAGAUGGUCUUCUUCCAUACAUGACAAAGAACCUGAAUCCCAUGGAAGAGAGAAGAUUCUUGUUGCAACCAAACCUCUCUGGAAAAUGCCAUCAAACUCCCACUAAAGACACGCAAUAAGAAACCAAAAAAAAAAAGGAAAGAGAGGAAGAAGGUUUAACCAGCCUUGUAGGUAACAGUCACUUUCUCUCCAGCCCCCAUAUGUCUGUCCUUAAAACAUCAUCCUGACGAUAUACUUUUUUGUGUGUCUUCGUGACAUUGCUUCCAAAAUGUAUCGCAAUCGUAUAAUGUUAAUUCUUGAUCACACGUGGUUCUGUCAAUGAUUUCAUAUGCGGGGUCUACAUUGUGGCCUACAUGAGUAAAGUAUGCAUGUGACUCUGCAUACACAGUAGUAUUUUGUACUCGAUACCAUGUAUUAGGUGCACGUCCGGAAUACUUAUUUAUGUAUUAAAAAAUCAAAUUACUGACAGUUCCUAUGAUCCAAUGUUAGCAAAUAACAAUU